AAGCAAUUGCGAUUAUGUUUGAAUUUGUUCUUCACAACCAAAAAGCUAAUAAAUCUCUGUUCCUUUGCUGUCAUCUCUUAAGUCAUAAGCGUUUCAUCAAUUUCCUUGAACCCCCUCAUCUUAUAUAUCUAUAUAAACACUUCAAUUUUCAUUCUUCAAUCUCAUCAAACAAAAAACUCACAUUUAUAUAUUCAUAUUCUUCAUAAAAAAGUGAUUUUUUUUUCCUAUUGAUAUAAGUGAUUAAGUGAUGGAUGGAAUUGGCAAAGGAAUUGAUUUUGAAGAUUUGUUACCGGUGAUCGCGAAUAAGUUAGGUGGUGAAGGAUUAAUGAAGGAACUAAGUAAUGGGUUCAAGUUACUUAUGGAUAAAGACAAAGGUGUGAUUACUUUGGAGAGUUUAAGGAAAAAUUCUGCAUUGAUGGGUUUACAAGAUUUGAAGGAAGAUGAACUUUUGAGUAUGAUGAGAGAAGGUGAUAUUGAUGGUGAUGGUGCACUUACUGAAAUGGAGUUUUGUGUUUUGAUGUUUAGAUUGAGUCCUCAAUUGAUGGAAGAAUCAUGGUUUUUGCUUGAAGAAGCAUUGGAUUAUGAACUCAAUUAACUAUAAUCAUUCUUCUUAAAUAUGGUUUAUGAUUUAGUCAUUGUUAACUUUUAUAUUAUGGAUUAUGAUUUUGUUUCUUCUUUUUUGUGUAUUUGAAAUUGGUUAGAAGAGGAAUAAAAUUUAUACAUGUAUUACAACUAUUUAUCCUUAUGAACAGAUAAUUGGAUUGAUUU